CAAAUAAACUGUGAUUAUAAUAAAUCUAUUUUCUAUCAUGUUAUAAUAGUUUUAUUCAGUGUUUAAAAAGUUUUUAAAGUUUAAUAACUAUAUUACAACUGAACCAAAAUGUCUGCGAUUGUCGACUCUCGUACGACCGAUGCUCUCAUGUCAUCCAUUUCCGCAACGGAUCCAUCAGUCAUAUGGAUAGUGGUAUUGGGUUUUAUAAUAGCAUUUUUCCUGGCGUUUGGUGUGGGGGCUAACGAUGUGGCCAACAGUUUCGGCACAUCUGUCGGCUCUAAAGUAUUGACAUUACGUCAGGCAUGCAUUUUGGCCACCAUUUUCGAGAUCGCCGGCUCUAUGACUAUGGGUUACGCGGUGUCGAGUACUAUACGGACCAAAAUGAUUGAUAUCGACAUCUUUGCCGGCGAGGAAAAGCGGUUAAUGUUGGGCUAUUUGUCAGCUCUCAUAGGAGGUGCCGUAUGGAAUCUUGUGGCCACUUUUGCCGGAAUGCCCAUCUCUGGCACCCAUAGUAUCGUCGGCGCUAUCAUUGGUUUCGCGGUUGUGGCCAAAGGCUUUGGAAGCGUUAAAUGGAUUGAAAUUGCAAAGAUUGUCGGCUCGUGGUUUGUCAGUCCUAUCCUUUCAGGAAUCGUUUCCGUUUUGAUAUUUCUUGUUUUGCGAAUAUUUAUUUUAGAAAAGGUA